GGGAAGGAUCUUUCAAAGGCCACCCAUGAAGAGGCAGUGGAAGCUUUUCGAAAUGCCAAGGAGCCCAUUGUGGUGCAGGUGUUAAGGCGAACGCCUCUCAGUAGACCAGCCUAUGGGAUAGUCCCAGAAGUGCAGCUCAUGAAUGCCAGCACUCAGACGGAUAUCACCUUCGAACACAUCAUGGCCCUGGCCAAGCUUCGGCCAUCUACCCCUCCAGUGCCAGACAUCUGUCCAUUUCUGCUCUCAGACAGCUGCCAUUCUCUUCAUCCGAUGGAGCAUGAAUUUUAUGAGGACAACGAGUAUAUUUCCAGCUUGCCUGCUGAUGCAGACAGAACAGAGGACUUUGAAUAUGAGGAGGUCGAGUUGUGUCGUGUUAGCAGUCAAGAGAAGCUGGGCCUGACAGUCUGUUACCGAACAGAUGAUGAAGAAGACACCGGCAUUUAUGUCAGCAAGGUAGAUCCAAAUAGCAUUGCUGCCAAAGACGGCCGAAUUCGAGAAGGGGAUCGUAUUUUGCAAAUAAAUGGGGAAGAUGUCCAGAAUCGAGAAGAAGCCGUGGCCUUGCUGUCUAGCGACGAGUGUAAGAGAAUCGUGCUGCUCGUGGCAAGGCCAGACAUUCAGCUGGAUGAAGGCUGGCUAGAAGAUGAAAGGAAUGAGUUCUUAGAGGAGUUAAACCUGGAGAUGUUGGAAGAACAGCAUAAUGAAGCGAUGCAGCACACGGCCAAUGAGGUGGAGCAGCCAAAAAAGCAAGAAGAAGAAGAAGGCACAACAGACACAGCAACAUCCUCAUCCAACAACCAUGAGAAGGACAGUGGAGUGGGGCGCACAGAUGAAAGCUUGCGCAAUGAUGAGAGCUCAGAGCAAGAGAACGCCGCUGAGGACCCCAACAGCACAUCUUUGAAGAGCAAGAGAGAGCUGGGGCAGAGCCAAGACACUCUAGGAAGCGUUGAACUUCAGUACAAUGAGAGCUUCGUGUCUGGUGAAUACAUAGAUUCCGACUGCACUGGCAACCAAGAUGAGGAGUGUGAAAGAUUCAGGCAGCUCUUGGAGCUCAAAUGCAAGAUUCGAAACCAUGGAGAGUAUGACCUGUAUUAUUCGAGCAGCACAAUCGAAUGCAAUCAAGGGGAGCAAGAGGGAGUGGAGCAUGAACUGCAGUUGCUUAAUGAAGAGCUGAGAAACAUUGAGCUCGAGUGCCAGAACAUCAUGCAGGCUCACAGGCUCCAGAAAGUGACCAACCAGUAUGGAGACAUCUGGGCAUUGCAUGAUGGAGGAUUCCAGAAUUAUAACACCAGCAUAGAUAUGCAGAGGGGAAAACUAGAUGACAUCAUGGAACAUCCAGAAAAGUCUGACAAGGACAGUUCUAGUGCUUACAACACAGCUGAGAGCUGCAGAAGUACUCCCCUCACUGUAGACCGUUCCCCUGACAGUUCCCUUCCAAGAAUGAUCAACCUCACCAAUAAGAAAAACCUGAGAAGCACAAUGGCAGCCCAUCAGUCCUCUUCUGGACAGAGCAAUAAGGAGUCAACUUCCACCAAAACCAAAACCGCUGAGCAAGGUUGUAGCAUGGAAAACAAGGAGAAGAUACUGGAAAGCGACCAGCUUCCUGACCAAGAGAAGACAGUCAGCGAGCACAUCCCUUACCUCUCUCCUUACCACAGCUCUUCAUAUAGGUACACAAACAUCCCAGCACACGCCCGGCAUUAUCAAAGCUACAUGCAGUUAAUUCAGCAGAAAUCUGCAGUGGAGUACGCUCAGAGCCAGCUCAGUCUGGUGAGCAUGUGCAAGGAGUCUCAGAAGUGCUCGGAGCCCAAGAUGGAGUGGAAGGUGAAGAUUCGGAGCGACGGGACAAGGUACAUCACAAAGAGACCCGUGCGAGACCGAAUUCUGAAGGAACGUGCCUUAAAGAUCAAGGAGGAGCGCAGUGGCAUGACCACAGAUGAUGACACCAUGAGCGAGAUGAAGAUGGGGCGCUACUGGAGCAAAGAGGAGAGGAAGCAACACCUGGUUCGGGCCAAAGAGCAGCGCCGGCGCCGGGAGUUCAUGAUGCGGAGCCGGCUGGAGUGUCUCAAGGAGAGUCCCCAGAGCGGCAGCGAGGGCAAGAAGGAGGUCAACAUCCUCGAACUGAGCCACAAAAAGAUGAUGAAAAAGAGGAACAAGAAAAUUUUGGACAACUGGAUGACAAUCCAAGAACUGAUGACCCAUGGGGCCAAGUCUCCUGAUGGCACGAGAGUUCACAAUGCCUUCUUGUCAGUCACCACUGUAUGACCGAGUGAAGGGACUGCGACUGGUUUUAAGAGGGUGCUACCAGUUCCGGUAGAGUAUGAUUGCCUCGUUCAAUGUGGCGUUUUUAUAUAUAUUUUGUGACUCUUUAUAGUUUAAAUUUUUUGUAAGCAAAAAUACCUGGUAAUUUUUCAUUUGUUUUUCAUAUAUGGGUACCCUCCUUUUUGGCUAAGAUCUUUCUUUAACUUGUGAUAUAUUCAUAUUACUCGUUUAUAAAAAACAAAAACAAAACAAAAGGAAAGAAAACAAGAAAACACUUGCACAAAAAUACUGAGGAGCCAAUUAAUUUCCUACUUUAAUGUAUCUAUUGUAAGUUAAAAUCUGGAUUUAUUUCUCUAGUUUACUUAUUUUCUACUUUAAUAACAACUCAAUGCCAAAACAUUUCUAUGCUUGCUUCUUGGCAUAAUGUGUUUUAAAUCAGACCUGUUAAUAAUAAAUCACGUGCCAUAGCUUGUCUUACACAUAAAAUCCACACCUCUUUUUAACAACUCAUUGUACAUUUAACACAUAAAUGGCCGUCGUCUUUGUCUCAGUAAAGUGUAGGUGCAAAAUCUUCCUGUGAUAUGUAGUGACAUUGGUCAUGUAGCUAGAUAACUGUGGUAAUUGUGACAAUAAAAGAAAAAUAAAUUAUUGAUUAUCCUU